ACCGACCAUUAAACAGUUACAAGCAGAGUACACGCGCAUUAUAAAGUGGCACCUGUAGUUAUUAUCGCCCAUUAAUCGUAUGCGCCAAAUAAUCAUCGCAAGUGACGGCAUAUGCGCCGGGUUCCGUUGUCCGGAAGUGAUACCGUUUUGCUCCGCACUUAAAACACACCGGAAACGGCAGCGCUCGUUAAUAGCCAUUGCCGUGCGCGACGCCGGUCCUGCAUAUAUCUGCCACUUGAACAUGAUCGCGUUUUAGCAUUUUACCAGUACGUAAAAAGAAAUAUACUGUGUGGUGGUUGGGGCGGGCGCGACAGGCGCAUAAAGGAAUGAUUGAUGCAGUUUGCCGGGCAGGAUAAUACAGCGGCAGAUUACGUGUGUUAUUUAGGAAUACGUCGCCACUCGGGGAUUACUUACAAGUUACUUUCCCUUGAUAUCAAACUGAAGAACACUGAAAGUGCGACAAAUGAGGCAUGCGAUGCCGCGGUACAUUGGCUGAAAUUCCACAGGGGAACCCAUGGAAUAAGGAAUCAAUUGCCAGUUUUGAAUGUCAUGAAUGUCAAGUGCAGAAUGAUUUCCCCUGACAUAUUCACCUUUCGGAGAUUGUAAUGUCUGUAGUCUAUCCCGUUUUGGAUUUAUUCGCUUUUUUAUACACCGACAAUAUCAUUGUAUUUGCGUGGGUGGAAAUUGACUGGAAGCCGGCUCAUUUAGAGGCAGUAAAAGUUGCAAUCUUCAUUUUGCCCAGUUACGAAUAAUAUUUCUUUGCAUUUUUAUACGGAGGCGAUAUCGUAACGUUGUUUUUACUGAGUUAAAUUGUCUGGAAACCGGCAACUUAGAGGCUGCAAAGGUAGUGUUCUUUAUUUUGCCUUCUUACCGAUUUAUUCACAUCUAAUACGGCAAGAAUUUCUUUUUGAUGCUUGAGUUGGAAUAGUCUGGAAGCUGACUCAUUUACAGGCAGCAAAAGGUGCAACCUUUAUUUUGUCUAGUUACGGAUUUAUCCACAUUUUUUGUACGACGAUAUUUUCGUUUUCGCUGAGUUGGAAAUUGACUGGAAACUGGCUUAUUUAGAGGCAUUAAAUGUUGUAUGUUUUACGUAAACUGCUGAUAUAUUCGUUCGAAAAAAUGAACGAAACGGUGUCGAUAGCGAAUAUCUCGCAUCUGACUAAUAUGGCCAAGAUUCGAUGCGACUGGCCGGAUCGGAAUUUUACGGUUACAUAUAACAAUCCCCACGUGCUGCAUGCCGACCGCAUUCUCCGUCCGUUCUGGAUGAUUGUAUGUACCACCGGUAAUAUCCUGAAUAUUGCCCUGCUGCGCGAUACCGGCACGUAUCCGGCGGUGUUCCUGCUGGCGUUGGCGUGCUUUGAUCUGGCCUGCAUGUGGUCGUGGUUCACCCUAUAUAUCCAGCAACUGUACAAAAAUGUCUACUGGGAGCAGACGCACGAGAUCCCCGGCAUAAUCAGCUUCCUGACGGCUGUGGGCAACACAACGGCGCAGUGCUCCGACUGGACCCUGCUGACAUUUGGGAUCACCCGGCUGCUGACGACUGUCUACCCUUUGAAAACCCGCAACUGGUUUAACAAGUGGCGUGCCGGAUUGAUGAUUGCCGGCGUGAUCAUCUUGUCCAUUAUCACCUGGAUGUUUGAGUUGACGUAUUCCGUGCUACCGACAGCAGUUGAACGGCCACGCUGGUCCAUUCAGUGGGAACUCGUCCAUACGGUCGGCGUGGCUUUUUCCGAGCUCUUCACAUUCUUCGCAGUCCUCAUCAUCAACAUCAUCGUCAUCUGCCUGUUGAAAUUCAAACUGCCGCCCGUUGAGAAAACCGCCACGGCAACGGAAAAGCGCUUGGUUUUCCAGAAGAAAUCCACGGAUACCAACGAUUCCAUCCGGCGUCACGUCAAGAAACCCCAGUCCACCUCCACCGUCCGCAUGAUGGGCGCGUCUACCUUUCUGUACCUUAUCGUCAAGAGCCCGGUGGCCUUCUACCAAAUCACGGAGCAGAUGUGUGUGGCCCGGAUGUCCGAUGAGCAGUACGCGGUGUUCGCCGGGGUGUACAAUCAGUUCCUGUUUGCCGGGUAUUCCAUACAGUUUCUGCUGUACUGCGCCGUGAGUCCACUGUAUUUCAAGCGGGCGGUGCGGACGGUACGGCGCUGUACGGUGUCCGAGCCGCGCAAGAUACAGACGGAUUCGCUGCGGUCCACCGUCCAUUCCCGUCUGGGUCAGCAAGAUUCACUCCCGUGAACAGAAGUCCAGAAAACUGAUCACUUGUCUAGUAUUUUGUUCUGUUUACUCAUAAUGAAGAUUUUGGUUUUAUACAUUUUUGGUUGAAGCGGCGGCUUGUUGCGAUGUUAAUUUAUUGAAGCGUAUAACCUUCGAAGGCACUUCUGGUAAAAAACAACA